AUGUCAUAUGGCUCGGGAAGUUUUCAGUUGCAGAUGAUUCCCUUUGACCGUCAUUCGUUUCCAAAUGGUUUUCUAUCCAUAGAUGAUGGCCGGCAGUUUCUUCUCAACAGGUCUUUGUUUGAUUUGGUGAAGGUCACAAAUAUCCUGGAAUUGACUGACGCCAAGCUGCUGGGUUGGUACCUGGCACUGCCUCUAGAGGACCAGAAACUUAUACAAGAGUCUGGUGGUUUCUUGCAGUUUCUACAAAGGCACCCAGCUUUGGAGGUGACCAAGCAGUUUGUUUAUGUUAAGCGUGAGUUAAAUAACUUUUCUUGUGGCCAUCUCAGAACAGUGAAUCGUACAAACAGACAUUGGUCCAGGAGGCCCACGUUCUACGGCGUGACAGAAUGUUUGAACUGUGGUACCAGUUGUCCGUCUGGAGGACAGAGGUGCAGACGAUAUCAAGAUACAGAGUUACAACUUGGUCAAAAAAAUGUGAAUGACCUCUUAAACUGUGCUGAGGGGAGUGCAGUAGGAAGCCAGAAAACCCACUGGGGGUCCACUGGGAGUCCUUGCCCCCUGGAUCCCAUCUCCAAGGAUAACCACCUGCAAACACUGCACGAGAGCUUCCAGUCAGCCUGCGACGUCAGCAGCCAAGUGCUUGGGGAGCCUCCGAGCCACCAGGAGGCGCACUGCUCAAUUGUCCCGACACAGCACCAGCUGUGGGAAGAAGGGGCCAAGCAGGAUGACCCCUCUGCUCAGGCAAACUUCUCUCUGGAUAUGGAGCUGGAGAUGUGUAGCCAGAAGGGGGCCAUGGGGUGCCAGGGCGGGCCCUGUGCAGACGCAGAAUAUCCUACGAUAGCGGACGAGACGCCUCCAGAGUACAGCAGCUUCAGCAGCACCAGGCUGGACCGCACUGAGUGGAAUAACAGCUGCCAGUCAGCGGAGGCCGAAGGUGAUGACUCCCUGCUGGCCAAUAGAGGAAGUGCUGAGGAACCUCUAGAGGGGGUCAGCGUAGCAUCCUCCUGCCCAUUGGAGGAGAAAGAGCACUACCUCAACAAGUCCUGUAAUUGUACAUACGAUGUGGAGGACAGCCCAGGAGACCCAGGCAGGAGAGAGGAGGGUUUAAGGUGCCAGCAGGAAAAUGAGGAGGAAGAGGACUUCCACAGUAUCAUGGAAGAGGACAAGAGCAUACUCCUAUGUCAGACAACUGAAAGGAUCCAUCUGGUCAACAGUGCACAUGCUCCAGUCAGCCCUAGCCAGGCCAUGGUGACAAGUGUAGCUGCGUUUAACUUUCCCACAUCACCCCACAAAGCUAUUAUGAUAGACGGGUCCACUAAUACACUACCCCCUGUCUCCACCCAUGACAUCUGUGUUGGUCCAAACUCCAGUCUGGCUGGUUGCCAGCAACAUAUCCAGACUCAGACUCAGGUCCCACCUACAGCUGAGAGGUCUGUCAAUACUGAGGUCUACAUGUCAGACCUGGACUUUCUGGCUAAGGAAUUCUUGAAGCUGAAAGUUGCUGAGGAGGAUCUACAGGAAUUAAAAGGGAAAAUUGAAAGGUCUGAUGGUUGUGGCUGUAACUCAGCCCAGCGUGCCCAGCGGGCAGAGCUGUGCCUGGUGGCUCUGCAGUAUGGAAUGUGCCAGCAGCACUGCUGGAGGCACUACUACACAUCACCUGAAGGGGACCGUCUGGUCCAAGGAGUGGAAGUGCCUCCUGAGAAUCUUCUGGAGGUUCUGAAGGUCUUGGAGGCUGACUACAGAGAGAUGAGGGAGAAGAUCCAGGCUGGAAUUCCCCUGGACCAGCUUAAACCGCUGGCUGUGGACUCCCAAAAGAUCACCUCAGCCACCUGCUACAUCCCUGCUCAGGUCCAAGAUUUAGACACACAUGUCUCAGAGAGGAGCUCCCAGCAGACGGCUGGAGGAGGUGAUGUCCGUCCCCCUGCCAGCACUGGCUCUCAGACAGGUGAGAGAGGGAGAGGUCCAGUUUGCCUCCCCAAGGUUGGGAGCAACAAGACGGGGAAGGCAGUCAUCCUCCUUCCUCAGCUGACGGGGAUCCACCAUGGUCGCAAGCCAGGUUUGCCGUGCUCCACUCCAGGCUUCAGGGGUGAUGUGACUGAGGGUGACUUAAUGCUGUUAUUUGAGAAGUAUCAGGCAUCAGAAGUAAGCAUUUCCACAUUCAGGAACAACCUCAAGGCUGCAAUAGUGACUAUUAGCGGUUCUAACUUUGCUGAGGCUGCGGUUGGUGAGAUGAAUGGCCAUAUCAUACAGGGCCACAGGCUGCAUGUGGAACAUAUUCAGAGACCCAACCCUGGGGGCUCAGACGAGAACCAGAGCCUGGGGACGGCAACCCAGCCUCAGAGCUCCAGCACCACACUGAGGCCACAGCCAUCAGGGGACAACCAGAGGCCCCAAAGCUCAUCCGAGAGCCACUGCACUACCACCUAUGUAAAGCCUUUCCGGCCCAUCCUAGAGAAAAGGACAGUGGUCUGCGACUCCCCCACAGCCUCAGGUACCUGUGUGCCCCAGCACUACGCCACGAUGGGCAGCUUUGACACUCUGAUGUCCCGGCUGACGGCGCAGCACCCAGAGGCAGGCAGACAGAGGAUCGUGGAUGCCCUGCUGGAGUUGAGGGCCAAGCAUCAGGGCUACCUCAGCGGCCUGCCGCUCAGCAUGAUCGUGGAUAUGACCUCCGACCUCCUGACCAACUCUAAGAUUAUGAAAGGGUAG